AUGCCACCCACGCCUUGCGUCCGCUGCCAGACCAAUAGGGCUGUUGUCAAAAGACCAAAGAAUCACCACAAAUUAUGUCGAGAGUGUUUUCUCGCCGUUUUUGAGAAUGAGGUGCACCACACCAUUGUCACCUCGAAGCUCUUCUACCCUGGUGAGAGAGUUGCCAUUGGAGCAUCUGGCGGCAAAGAUUCCACAGUCCUGGCGUCCGUUCUCAAAACUCUGAAUGAACGGCAUCACUACGGACUGGAUCUUGUCCUGCUCAGCGUCGACGAAGGCAUCAAAGGAUACCGCGAUGAUUCGCUGGAGACGGUGAAGAGAAAUGCCCGCCAGUAUGACAUGCCCCUAAAGAUUGUUGGUUACGACGAAUUGUAUGGAUGGACAAUGGACCAGGUCGUGGAUACCAUUGGCAAGAAGGGAAAUUGCACAUACUGCGGUGUGUUUCGUCGGCAGGCGCUCGACAGAGGUGCCAAGAUGUUGGAGAUCAAGCAUGUCGUCACGGGACACAACGCCGACGAUGUCGCCGAGACUGUGCUGAUGAAUCUACUCCGAGGAGACCUGCCACGACUGUCUCGGAGUACCAGCAUAGUCACGGGGAGCUCGUCUAGCGAGGUCAAGAGGAGCAAGCCACUCAAAUACGCGUACGAGAAGGAGAUCGUUCUAAGCAUUCCGAGGAACAGCAAGGAGCUUGAUAAAAAGUCUGGAAAGAGUUCGACCAAGCGCAAUACUUGA